AUGGUAUUUGAAGGUAUUGUUUCCGAUGUAUUAUCAAGAGUUCUUGGUGAAUAUGUAAAGAAUUUGAAUAAAGAUCAAUUGAAGAUUGGUGUACUCGGUGGAAAUGUGGUACUGACCAAUCUCGAAUUGAAGGAAGAUGCUCUGGCGAAUCUACCGAUCAAUCUACCGAUCACCGUGAAGAAAGGAUUUCUCGGGCGGCUGGAACUGAAGGUUCCCUGGAAGGAUCUGAAAUCAAAGCCGGUCAUCGUCAAUAUCGAUUCGAUUUUCGCGCUGGCCGUACCACAGACCGCCAACUACAAGUACGACGAGGAAGCAGAGAAGAAGAAGGAGCGUGAAACCAAGAAGAAGCGUAUCGAGAACUACGAGUGGCUCAAAUCCAUCAAGGAAGCAGAGACCGAACAAAUCGGAAAACAAGACGAUACAUUCACCGGGCGUCUCGUAACGAAAAUCAUUGAUAACCUUCAGAUCGUUAUCAACAAAGUACAUAUUAGAUUCGAACACAAGAAUGAAAUCGGAAGAUUAUAUGCAAUUGGUGUUACACUUGAUAAGAUUUCAGCACAAUCUACAGAUGAACGUUGGAUACCAUCGUUUAUUGAUAGUACCAAAUCCAAUAUUAUUAGAAAGCUAGCAGAGAUGCAUUCGCUAGGUGUAUAUAUCGAUGAUUCCGCACAGUCAAUGCAGAAUCUGUCAACUCAAGAGUUUAGUGACGCAUUCUACAAUGCAAUUCCAUCACUCAAAGUACAUGACUCUAUGCUUAGAAAGUUUAUAGUUAAACCUGUUUCUUCUCAAUUAAAAGUAUCUAUUAAUAAGAGUGAUUUAAUUGAAAAGAGUGUACCAAAGAUUAUAUCGGAGUGUAUCUUCUCCGAUAUUGUUUGUGCGCUUUCCGCUCAGCAACAUCAUUGUAUUCUUAAUCUACUGCAAUUCACCAAUGAGUUCUUGAGAGAUAUCAAGGCUGUUCAAGCGUUCACUGCCAAACAUCCAGUGGCUACAGUCUCUGAGCAAGCAGGAGACCCAGCAACUGGCAGAGUUGGAAGAGAAGCUGUCGUUUGA